GGACACUAAAGAGCAACACGAAGUUGAUACGGGACGAAAGAUGGGCAUUCGAGAAUGCGUGUAGGUUUUUGUUCGGUGCAAAAAGAUGACUUAUUAGUGGAGAAAUUCUUAAUCAAAGACCAAAUAUCUCUUCCUCAAUUUCACUCGCCUGAAAUUUGGCGCUGGAGCUGUGUCGUCACUGUCCGCAUUGCUCUCAGCGAAUCAGAGGGCGCCAUGAAACGUCACCGCAUGCGUAGGCGGCCGCUUCCGCUGCUUCAUGACCGCUUCCGUGUUUUCCGUGAUCAUGGCUGCGAUGGAUGUCGGCGCAGACGUUGAACCCGCUGAACCUUGCAAUGAAGACCUCGCAAGGGAAGCGGGUUUACAUUUCAGCGACCUAAGCCAAGUGGAGCGCGAUAUGCUCCUUCGAGCUCGCGCGGCAGGCGUUCCUGCGUACGACAGCGGGCCGCUGGCCGCACCGUCGGAGAGCGAAGCCUCGUUGUCGACGGAAGGCGAGGCGGCCAGUCAGCCAAGCGAAGACGUCGGUGAAGAGUUUCAUUCGCGACUCAUCCGUACUGACUGGUGCGACUGCGGACAUUGCGUGGUGCUGGACAAUUUCAGCGAGGAGGAAUGCCUUUGCUGUCGAGAGAUGGGAGAGCCUGUCGCUGCUGCGCAGCCUGAAGGAUGCAUCACGGAGCACCCGGAGUUCCACCUCUUGUGUCUCAACAUAGCUGUGCUCCGUGUUGCGUACUUCGAACUGCGGGCGCGCAGGGACUGCAUGGACGAAGACAUCCACAAGAGAUACCGCUACACUGCCUACAGGCAGUUCGUCCGCUGGCUGUGGGGUCGCCUUGGUAGAGGUCACCGCUUCGUUCUACCCUCAUGCGUUGUGGCCAAAAUUCGGGGCACAUUCCCCACAGAGACCCCAACAGGAUUCAAGUAUCCAGAAUACUAGAAGAGUGCAAAUGAAUGAGCAGGCUGUGCAAACAGCACACUCAGUGCCACAUCGUGCGUGUGUGCGUCGUUUAGCAAGUGAAAGCUUUCGUGUGAUAUCACUCCUUGGAACGUCUGUGGCAGUCAAAAACGGCAUUUGCAACGUUUCUGCAGUCUACAGGCAUGCUCUGCUCGGCAUGAGGACCAGCUGUGCAACUCUGGUCUUCCUCACCAAAUUUGCCCCAGAAGACAUUGUGCGUGUCACCAUUCCUGUGUGUGCCAUUUAGCAAGUGAAAGCUUUCGUGUGAUGAUAUCACUCCUCGGGAUGGUUGUGGCCGUUAAAAAUGGCACUCGCAACGUUUCUACAGGUAUACUCUGCUCAGCAAUGGUAUCAGCUGUAACUUGAAUCUUUAUUGGUGCCUUUUCAGUGAAGUCCAGUGGGGUCUUCAUGUGUGUUAUAGCGUAAGUUGGCUAUUCAUUCAUUGGCACUUUUGCAGUGAAGUCCCAUGGGACCUGCAUGUGUGCUAUGGUCUUAAAUUGUCACGAUUUGUCCAGCUUGUGUUGCUUAGAAUGAAUCAAUAAUUUUAUGAUACAUUAGCUAUGGCUAUUUGGUUAGGAGGCAGUUGAGUUUAGGGAAGGAACUGACAUAACAUGGUGAAUGCCCACCUCAUGUGCAGACUCCCGCAGAAACAGUAGCAUGUCUUGGGCUUGACUGUCAUCGUUUUGCAAGCCCCAGACUUUGAAGGUUACAAUGCAAGGUACGCGAGAGAGAACAGGAACGUCGACAGGAGAAGCCAGCAGCAGUACUAGUGCAGAGGCACUAAAAGGGUUGAUAAAAUGUUUGCAAGAACAAGUGAGGUGCAGAAAAUCACUACGAAGUUUUGAAGAUAGUGAAGACAAAAGCUCGCAGGAAAUGGACUGACAGAUCAGACUACACGAGCAAGACUUCCGCAUUUCAAAGCUUGGUCACAAAACGUCGUUGCUUCUGUAAUCUAAAUAGCCACAGCACUGAAGACCGUCGGAGGUCAAUAAAAUACAAGGACAAAAGGGAAAAGCUUCGAGAUAAAAACAGGUGCUUUAGGUGCACGAGGUCGAAUCACAGCGCAAGGUUUUGUAAAGCCACUGUCGUUUGUAAAUGUUGCAAAGCAAGACAGGCAACGUCAAUGUGCAGGACGAAGGGCAAUGAAAUCUGCAAGCCUAACGAGAAAAGUGAGGAAUGAAACGACAAUAUGACUGUUAGAAAAUCACGCAAUCUGCUAGCAUCUUCUAAACUGCAGGAAGAACGACAUUGUGUUCUAUUGCAGACGGCAAUAGCAUGGACAGAAGGCAAAAAUAAAGGAGAGUACGCAUGAAUAUUGUUCAACAGUGGAAGUCAAAGGUCAUUCAUACAAACCAGUUUGGCAUGACGAAUUUGUUGCAAAUUACUCCGCAGAGAAAGGCUUACAGUUGAAUCAUUCGGAGGAAAAGAAAAUGAAAGUCUAAUGAACGUUGUCGAAGUUGUGCUGAAAGAAAAUCCAGAUGGCGAAUCAUUACUAAUCGAGGCUAUUGAAGUAGACAUGAUAUCAAGAGUGCGACUCCCUCGCCCAUACGAAACUUCAAAGUCACAUAUGAAGAAGAUGGGAAUAAAAAUUGCUGAUGACAAUGAUGAAAAAUGUACAACACAGGAGACAAGCUCACUGCUAGGUUAUGAUUUCUACUGGGACGUGAUCACAGGACGAGUGAAAAGACUAAACAAGCAUACAGUUCUAGUAGAAAGCAUUCUAGGCUGGAUUGUACGUGGACCGUGUGUUGUAGAAUCCAAAGUACGAGAGGCAAAGUCGGUCAUGGUGCUUCAUGCUGCAGAAAGAACUGGCGAGAUAACUGAGGCCAUAAAAAGAUUUUGAGAGCCAGAAAACACUGCCAUAACUGAAAAGAGGGAAAAGACGCAGGGAUUGGACCACCUUUUUACAUUGCUCAAAAAGACUAUAUUGAGAAGGAUGGAGAGAGAUACAAAGUAAUACUGCCAUGGAAAGAAACAGUGAACAUAGAAGAUAACAAGGAAGUAGCAAUCAGAAGAUUGAUGCAGAAAGACUUGGCACCAAGAGAAAAAUACAACAGCGCUAUGCAAGAAUACUUCACAUCUGGAGUGGCAGAACAAGUGAUGUCGGAAGAAUCUGAACAUGUGAAAUACUACAUGCCACAUCAAGCAGUUAUUAGAGAAGACAGAUUGUAACGAAAGUGGGGAUAAUGUUUGAUGCUUCGUCGUCAUCAACACCAGGAAUGAAUGAAAACCUCAAAGCUGGAGAAAACCUAAAUCUGGAUAUCCUUGCACUGAUAAUGAACCUUCGAAAACACUCAGUUGCAAUGACAGCAGACGUGGAAAAGGCAUUCUUGCAGAUCAGCAUUCACGAGCAAGAUCACGAUGCACUUCGUUUUUUAUGGCGGCAGAGCGAACACUGUGGUUUAUCUAAAGAAAACAUCGUUACCUGGAGGAUUACUAGAGUGAUAUUUGGCACCACGCCAAGCAGUUUUUUGCUAGCAGGAACAGUACAGCAUCACCUAAAUCACGAAGAGAAAAACUUUCCAGAAAAAGUGGAUAAACAUCGAAAUUCAAUCUACAUUGAUGAUGUCAUGCUUGGAGCACUGCACGAAAAUCAUGCAAAAUGUUUAUACACGGACGCAAAGGAAAUGUUUUGCCGAGCCGGAAUGAACCUUAGAAAAUAGACAUCAAACAGUGAAGAGGUGAGGCAACAUUUUGAUGAGAAUCAAGAUGCCGUUCCUACAUCAAGUGAAGCCAACAUUCUAGAAAUGACAUGGGACACUGUAGACGAUGCUUUGUGCUAUCCUGUAAAAAAAUGGACGACGACAGACUUGAAUGAAAGGUUAACAAAGCGAGCAGUGCUUCAAGCAAGUGCAAAAAUAUUCGAAUCGCUGGGAUUUCUAACGCAGUUCUGUGCAGGUGGUUGGACAAUGCACUGUCUGGGAAGGUUGUGAAAUCCACAAUUAGAUGGAGGUGGAUGUUGGACUUUUGGAUCUUUGAAUCCCUAUAAAUUCCUGACAUGGAGCUGCCCCUGCAGAUGAGUCGCAGGUAGAUUGUUCUUGCCUCUCUGUGUUGCUUGAAGACAACAGCCAGGAGCUUGUUUAUUUUUCUGAUUUCUUGGUGUGGGGUCCUUUGUGGGCUUCUCAUAGGCCAGGCUUUCAAGGAUAUCUUGGGUUUUCCUAUUGUAUGCUUCCCUGUCCAAUAGGACAGUUGCAUUUCCCUUGUCGGUGGGGAGCAUAACCCUUUGAGCUCGUCCGUCACAGUGCUUGUCGGCUGGCCCAAAAGUUGCAGGUUCGGUGCUGGCCACAGCAGUCAUAUUUCGAUGGAGGCAAAAUGCUAGAGGCCCGCAUACUGUUCGAUGUCAGUCUGCGCAGAUGGUGUAAAUUUCUGGAGCCCUUCACUACAGCGUGCCUCAUAAAAGCCCACAGAGUCUGACAAUCUCCUUCUGUCAAAUCUCUGUACAUCUUCCUCUGCAGCGACAAUGAUUUUUGGCGGUGGUGGUCUUGUCGUGGUCACAUUGAAGUUACAAGUGCUGCUCCAUCUCUUUUUCUCCUUCUUGAAGAGUCUAAAGUUAGCUUUUGUGGGAAGCUCAUUUAUGAGCUGCAGUCGUGGCCACAUUUCGUGCAAAGCCCUUUUAUGAUGGAAGUGUAUUGGGAAUUUGAUGGUCGAGGUGCCGCUAGACAAAGAAAAGGUCUAGUUCCUUCUUACGUGGCAUUCACGGAUUUGGCUCUUUAGUAGGCGGCAUUUGGUUUGUGUGAUAAUUCUGUUGCACUCUACCAUGCACAUGAUGCACGUAAACUGAGGACUCUUGAGGUGCACAUCAUGAAGGCAGUGCACGUACACAAUGGGCAUCUCCCAACAAGCAAUUCUUAUACCGAGCCAGAUAGAUGUCUGUCAAAAUAUGUACAGGGGUGGUCAAAAGUUCCCAGGCCGCAACGCCUGGCCGCGGAGCAGCAGCUCGCUGCUAUCGGGCACUGCCAUCGCAUUCACGCCUUGGCGCAUGCAGACGUCGAGCUUGUGCGUAGAGGAGGGGGGGUUGCAUCCCUCUCUCUUUCUUGCUCUCCUUGAUAAGAAAGAGAGGUAUAAACAUGGUGCGUCAUGUUCCCUCACUGUCCACUGUUCGAUUUUUUACUACUGUGCAGCGUGUAGCAAGGCGGCGGUCUUCCGGAAAACUGACGCAUCAUGCUUGCGGCCAAGUUUAGCUAGAUACCAUAUACAUUACCAUGGUUUUGGGCUUCCUGGAAAACAAUCUUGUGCGUUUCACUUUCCAUUGGCACUGCGGUGGCUCUCUCAGCCAUCUGCGUAGGCCAAUUCGCUGCAUACGAACAUGGCCGGAGCCCGAAAUGUAUUCAGAAGAGCUUGUGAUGGGGCUAGUUAGAAUAUCUUAGUGGAAUAAGCAGCGCUGCACAGUAGUUUUUUAGACCUCACUUUCUUAUCAAGAAGAGCAAGAAAGUGAGAGGGAUACACACCCUUCCACGCACACGCUCGACGCUAGCGUGCGCCAAGGUGUGAUUGCGAUGGCAGCGCCCCGAUAGCAGCGAGCUGCUGCUCCGCGCCUGGCCGUUGCAGCCUGGGAACUUUUGACCACCCCUGUGCAUUUCACAGUGGUUCUGCCAGAGGUGCUUGUAACCAAAGCACAGGCGUACAACAUAUGCUUGGUUUUUGCCAUAAUUCCUGGCUCAAACACAUGCACACUAUGUUCUCAGUGCUUUGCAAAGCGCGCCUUAUGCGCUGCCACAAGUUCAGCUUUUGAAGGUCUCUCCUCAGCAGGUGGUGCAUACGCUGCUGGGGCCUUGACAGGAGCUUGUACCAGUGCCUCCCGAAAACUUGGGUACAAUGUGCAGAGAUUCAGAACUUUGUCUCUGAGUUCCUGCACAUAGCCUGAAAUUAGACAAGUGAAAGAAUUGCUUUAUUCUAUGAUUACCGUGUGGAUAUUUCUUAUUCUGAUAUUCGAACUCGUAGAAUUUCAAAGGCGUGCACUACUCGUCUCAUUGUGUGUUUUGUGAUAAAUGCAUACCACAGUUGUUGGAAUUUUUGCAAUAAAGAGCAGUUCUUGAACAGUAA